AAUGUUUCGUAUUACACUUCACUGUCGGGAGAAGAAAAAAAAAACAGAGAAGAAGAGGAGGAGAAGGAGGAGGAAUCCCGGGGGCUCCUUCUCUUCGGUAGCAUUUAACUGGGACUUUAUGGAGGCUGCAGCUUUGGAAAAUGAAGAUCUCCUGCGUGGUCUUGGCUCUGGUGACGAGGGCACUGUUCGGAGAUUUGUGUAGGGCCAUCAACGUCACCGUUACCCCCUCCCCUUUCACAGUGGCCCAGGAGGGCCAAAAUGUCACGCUGUCCUGCGUCGUGUCCCAGCGGCGCCGCAACAGUGCCUUACCGGUGGUCAAAUGGACCUUCCUGCCAGCCGGCGCCGGCCGGCCCCAGGACGAGCUCCUCAUCGCGCGCGUCAACAUGAGGAAGUCUCGUUUCUACGGCAACUACACCAAGAGCUUCCCGUGGCCCAAGCUGAAGCUGACGGUGGUGAAGCAGGGGAAGAUUUUCGACCUGCUGAUUCUGAACGUGUCAGAGGAGGACCAGGGUCUCUACAUGUGCCGGGUGCAGGAGUUCAAAAAGCAUCAGGACCGCUGGAAGGCCACCACCAACGGCACCGCCACUACCGAGCUGAGAGUUCAUGCUCUUCCAGCUGCCAAGGCCAAAGACAGCCUGUGGAGGUUGUUUGAAGAUCUGUACCUCUGCGCUGCCCUGAUCUGCUCAGUGGGCCUCCUGUGCAUGUGUAUGUUUACGGUGACGGUGACCUGCCAGCACAUACAGAGGAAGCAGAGGUUAAAAGAUAAUUACUACUUGGUCAGAAGAUCGCAGAACAGCUCAGGAGAGACGGUCACCAGCGUGAUUAGUGUAUCUCCCGCCCUGUCUAAGAAGGACAGGAGGUACAGGAAGAAAAAGAGCAAAAAGCACCGCGAAGAGCAACCGCCAGAGAUUCCACCCAAAGCUCCCAUCGCAGACAAACUGCAGAAACCCAUACUUCUGGAACCGCAGCCCAGGAACGUCGUGUUGCCGAAGAUAGCAGAGGAGAGUCUAACCUACGCCGAGCUGGAGCUGGUGAAGCACCCACCUGAAUGCAAGUCCAUGUACACGGGCACCGUGUACGCUCAGAUACUGUUCGAAGAGAGGCAGCUGUGAGGGGGACACACACGCACCACUAAUACCUGUGCCUUUAUGUACAAAGUCUUUUCUAUUUAUAGUUGGUAUUCAUGUUUUGUACGCUGGUGAUUCGUACGUGGUUUCCAUUAAACCGAAAGUGUAAAGACGGAGCUGGGAUGAAACUUUGGACUGUACAUAUGACUUUACAUCCUCCCUCUCUACGCCUUCCCCGCCUUUCUCACGGUGCGUCGAAUGUGUGCGUCUCUUUCGCCCGAGUUUCAGUCGUGUAGCCGUGUACCAAAACUGCCUCAACAUCUGUUCUCACUCUGGCGUGUUUGUCACGGGGCAGUUCAUAAUGACCACAGCUGUACAGGGCUGCCAUUAAGGGGCCGAGCAGCCCCGGCCUCUUCCAGGAGACAAGCCUCUGUUAUCACACUGGUCCUUCUUUCAUCUGCUGCCAACAUCAACAGGCUGUUAGUAUCACACACCCACACACACACACACACAUUUAUACCCCAUGUGCUCACAUAUAUAUAUAAACACGCAUACAUACAAAGGGUGUAGCCAUUUGUAUACACAUGCAUGGCAAUUUUACCCAGAAUGCAUACACUACAUGCAAAAAAAGUAAAACUACUUGGUGUUUGGCCUGUUUCACAUCAGCAUAACACUGCUGACCGCAAAAACCCGUAAUUCUUCGGUCAUUUUUAGAGUUUUCCCAUGUGCCACGGCCGGUGUUGUAUCCGAAACCAUCACAGAUAUAUCUUAGAUAAGGUCUCCUGGCUCCCCGAACUUUCCGUGAAUCCGAGUGUGAAAAUGCUUUGGCCUCGUUUCGUUCCGCCUAACGACCCUGGAUUCAGCCAUGGAAAAGCAAAAGAGAGCUCUUUUCCCUCUCCGUCUCCUGCGCAGCAAACUCGAAACUCCAGACAUAAAGGCACCAUAUCCCCCACCCACCCCCCAAACCUUCACUAUCUCAUGCGGACAUGUCAGAUGUGGCGGUUGUGGACGUCCCAAGAUUUACUACAUCCUGGAUGAGCACACGUUGCACUUUGACCCCAUCCCCGAUACAAAUUGUUCUGAGAAAGGAGAAAAAAAGCUUCAGAACUUCCAGCUGAAAAUAAUGGUCUAACUAGAAGGCCGAGUGUCAACAUGUGUCAUACUCAGCUCGACUAUCUUUUAACGCAUUUAAAGAAAAAAAAGGUACUUAUGCAGUAUUGGGGCAGGAUUAAUACAUGAAGCGGUACUUCUACAAUGUGGCUACCGCCUCUUUUUUUUUAACGGCUGAAACUGCAAGAGUGAGAUGGUGCUUGGACAAUAAGAUUCUUUACUCUUAAAAAACAACAAAAAACACA